UUUCGGUGCUCCGUUCAAACCUGGCCCCUCCUUCGUUUCAAAUUUAACGUAGUGUGAAUGUUUGCAAGCAGCAUGGCUUCUUCGGCUAAAAGACGAGCAGUUGGAGUGGGUGAAAAUCCAGAGGAAUGUGAGGAUAAGAGCUCGGACGAGGGCUUGGAAGACGACGAUGAAUCAGGAGAAGAAGACAGUGAAGCCUCAGACGAAGAGAUCAAUGAAGAGGUAAUCGUGGACUUCGAGGCGCAUACAAUCUCAGAUAAUGAUUUCAAUGGUGUUAAAAAGCUAUUGCAACAGCUGUUUCUAAAGGCUCAUGUAAACACGUCAGAGAUGACGGACAUCCUUAUCCAACAGAACCACGUCGGAAGCGUCAUUAGGCAAGCAGAGGUACCAGAAGACAGUGACAACGAGGGGGAUCUUGAUGAAGUUUUCGGAUUCAUCAGUAUGCUUAAUCUCACAGAGAGAAAGGGGGUCCAGUGUGUUGAGGAUGUGAAGGAGCUGGUUCUGGCCCAAUGUGAGAAGAGCUGCCCACACAGCAUGACGGAGCAGCUGGAAAAGGUGCUCAACGACACUAGUAAGCCUGUGGGUUUGCUGCUGAGCGAACGCUUCCUCAAUGUCCCCCCACAGAUUGCAUUACCCCUGCACAAACAGCUCCAGGAGGAGAUGGCAGAGGCCCAGAGGACCAAUAAGCCCAGUGGGAGGUGUCACUUCUGUCUGAUGAUCAGCAAGACCUGCAAGGAGGCAAACAAAACCAUCCCAGCCAGAGGCCAAGCCCCAAAAGAGGAACUGAUGUUUGCCAAUGCGGAGGAGGAGUUCUUCUAUGAGCAAGCCACCAUUAAGUUCAACUACUCUGUCCAGGAGGAGACUGAUUCUUGCCUCACUGGGAGGUGGUCCUUCAACGACGUCCCCAUGAAGCCCUACCGUACCGUGAUGUUGAUUCCAGCCGACAAGAUGCCCACAAUCAUGGAAAAGCUCAAAGAGUACCUCACUUUGUGAAAUAAACUCUUGAAAACAUAAGAUGGACACCCUCACUCAUACUACAACUGGAUAAUUUUGGAAGGUAUACGGAAAGGAGGACUAUAUAUGCAUCAAAAUGUAUUUACAAACUGUUAUUGUGUGUAAAAUAACCUGAUGCAUUGAAUACAUCAUAUGUACACCACUGUAAUGGUCUCUUAAGGUAUAUACACCAUUUGGUAGUUCCUAGAAUUUUCCUGACCUGUUAAUGAAAGAAAUCCCCUGAAGAACAUGCUACAAUGCAGAAGUGUAUUUACAGGAAAAUCAACAUCAAGUAUUGUACAAACGGUUCCUUACAUAUAACUUCUGCACAGAGAAUUUUGUAUACAAUACAAGGUUUUGCAUAAUAAAUAAUACGAUUUCAAAUAAUAUUUCUAAA